AUGCCGACUCCCCUCGAUCGUGCUACGAGCCAACGUGUAGGUGACUUCUGGUCCUGGAACCUGAUAUACGUUGCUCCCUUCUUCGCCUUUGCGGCGCUCAUCACGGGCGUUGCUGCGUGGAGCAUAUGGGGUCAGGACUUGUUUCCUAGUGCCGACCCUACUGGAGACCCGGAAACGUGGACUCGCGAUCAAUGCGUCGCAUGGCUCAAUCACCGCAACCUUCACCCUUCUCCGCUCGCAACCACUGGUGAGCUUCUGGAGCGCAUCAAGGCCAAUAUGAGGGUCGCCCGGGAAGGCAACUACGGCACCACUGGAAGCCGAUAA